UGUUCGUCUUUAUUCACGUGUUAUGUCAAUUCUUAACAGUAUUUUACGAUUUUGACGUUAUUUCGUAACAUCGAGCAUCUGCUCAAGUGUAUUUAUAUUUUAAAUUCUUUCUAUAAUGGAAAGAAAUAAUCACCAUCACAAUAUAACAACAAUGGACCGUAACUCCAAGUUUAUUUUGCGAAAAAUCAGUAUGGAUUUCUUCAUUCUUUUUUGCGUCGGAUUCCUAAUCCUUGUGUUCUACUUGUGGGGUUCGCCAUACGAGCGGGGGUUUUUCUGCGACGAUGAGUCAUUGAAGCACCCCUACAGGGACUCAACUGUGACCAACAUAAUGCUAUACAUCGUGGGGCUUGGACUACCUAUGAUUGCUAUGACCCUCACAGAAUGGAUCAGACUACGCGACUACCGGGGCGGAAGAUCAAGGACGGUCCUGGGAAGAGAUGUUGCGGCUUGGAUUUGGGAAGCGUACAAAGUGAUUGGGGUGUUCCUCUUCGGGUGUGCGUGUCAACAGCUCACUACAGACGUCGCCAAGUACACUGUUGGGAGGCUGCGACCGCAUUUCUUUGAUGUGUGUAAACCAAGCAUCGAUUGCACCCUACCAGAGAAUAAGUGGCGCUAUAUCCAGAACUUUACGUGCCUCAACGCCCUCAACCCCGAGCACGGCGGCAAGCUCUUGAAAGAAAUGCGUCUGUCGUUCCCCAGUGGACACUCUUCAUUUUCUGCGUACACCAUGCUUUAUUUCUCUAUGUAUCUCCAGAAGCGCAUGACGUGGCGCGGCUCGAAACUUAUCCGGCCCGGCCUCCAAUUCGUUCUGAUGAUGCUGGCGUGGUAUACAAUUAUGACAAGGGUGUCCGACUACAAACACCAUUGGAGUGAUGUCUUCGCCGGAGCCCUCAUUGGCCUUGUUUUUGCCGUUGUUGUGUUCUCAUUCGUGUCUGACUUACGGAAGGCGCCUCACACCAGACAGAACCUGAACCAUUUGGAUUCAGAAAUGCACACCACCAACGGCACCCGGCACCCCAACAGGGUGCAAGUCUGACAACCAACACCCCCCAGCUCGCAGUCGGUCAGUGACGACGAGCCAUGACCCGAUAUCCCCCAUAUAUCAUGGAUCUCACAUGAAUAUAUAAUCAAGUAAGAAUCGAAUUGAUCUUACGAACUGACAUUGUAGUGGAGUGCGUGAAACCGAAUCAAAUUGAUUAAUAUGGGUUCUCUUAUUGGAUAUUUUCUAUAAU